AUGACACCGACAUUAACCACAAUAAAUCCAGAACAAUUAGAAAAAUUAGUUUCAGCUCUAAACAAUAUAUCAAAAAGGCUAGAAAACAUAGAAAAAGCGUUAGCAGGAAUUGAUAAAUCUAUAACUUUACAGUUUUUAGAGCAAAUUCCACAGCGUAUUUUAAACCUUCCCAAUCAACGCAAAGAAAGCAAGAGGAAAGAACACUACGGCUUAUUUUUGUUAUGCCAAAAAGCCGGUUUGCGAGUAUCCGAAGCCGUAAAUUUUGACUUAAAUAAGAAAACCCGCAAAGGCUUAUAUCUCAUUAAAAGCAAAGGCAAGAAAAAGCGUUAUGUCUACAUUCCCAAGAAAAAAAUUAAGCGUGAAUUGAAUAUCCCGCCUGACACCGAACUCACUCCCCACACUCUCCGCCGAGCAUUUGCCACUUACCAGGCCGAAGCAGGCUUACCACUGCCGCUUUUAUCGAAAUUACUGGGGGCUAUUUUAGCAGGAAAAAACUGGUUAGAAAAGCCCAAAAAGCCGCAACCUGAACCCAAACAAAUUAAAAUAAAUUUAGAGAAAUUGUCCGAACCAUUAACCCCCGAUUUACCACUAUUUAGCCCAAGCCAAGCCGAACAUUUAAGCAAAAUUAACCAUUUAGAGGAAAAGUUAAGCCAAAUUCAACGAAAAAAUAAUAACUUGGAAAAACAAAACGCCGACUUGCGACAAGAUUUAAACAAUUUAAGCGAACAAAACACUAAUUUACAGCAACAAUUAACCAACACAACAGCCGAAAAACAGCAAAUUCAGCAAAAAUUAACCCAAGCCCAAGAAAAAAUAAGCUGA